AUGCGCGAAGAGGCUUUAAAGUUGUUUGAAACGGGGCAGUUUCUUCCGGCCUUGUCGAGCUUCGUCAGAGUCCUGCUGCAUUGUCCGACGUGCACGAAAUCCAGUUUCAAUCUUGCUGUAAUUCUGCAAAUGAUCGGCGAAACGUACUUUGCAGUGUCCUCCAUGCUGCGCGUCGUCGCACUCGACGACAGCGACUCCGUAGCACACACUGUCCUCCGAUCCGUGUACUAUCAGGAAGAGCCCGACAUUGUCGCUGCUGGAUAUCGCUUAAUCGUCGCAUCAAAUCGCAACAGCCACCUUCGAGCAGUGCACUCGCUUGCCACACUUGAGGGGGCCACCACUACCAAGACCGCGGCUCCUGCUUAUGUUGCCAAAGUAUUUGACGAACUUGCUAAUACUUUUGAGGAAAAGCUGGUGGCACAUCUAGAGUACCGUGUGCCCUGGCAACUAGUCAAAGCUCUGCAGAAACUAUCUCCACCUGGAUUCAUUGCUAAAGAUUCGACAGCAGAAUCUGAAUGGGUUGUUGCCGACGUUGGGUGUGGCACCGGCCUCUGUGGGCGUCUACUGCGUUCCCAUGUGAAACAUAUCGUUGGGGUGGACAUUUCGCCUUUGAUGAUAGAGAAAACACGAGCUGGGGGCAGUUACGAUGAGCUACACACGGUCGGCAUUGUGCCAUUCCUCGAGGCGUGUGCGGAUGAAACCUUGGAUCUUAUCAUCUCUGCUGAUGUGUGGAUAUACGUGGGUGCUUUGGAGCAAGUUUUUGAGCUGAGUAGACGUAAGCUGCGUGCGUCUACUGGCUGGAUGGCUUUCUCCAUCGAGUUAUUGCCUUCUGGUAUCGUUGAAGAUGCCAAGGACAGUGCGAAUGAAACUUCAGUGGGCUUUCGCUUAGCGCUGUCAGGUCGGUUCCAACACUCGCACGAGUACUGGAGAGCCUAUUCCAGGCCGCAUCUACCUCCUCCACCGAGUUGA